AUGGUUAUGACUUUGUACACGAGUAGUAGUGAUCUCGAAGAUGAAUUAAAUAUGAAUGGUGCACGAAAGGUUGCCAAAACGUAUGUUGAGAAAAAACGUCGUGAUCGUAUAAAUCGUAGUUUGGAUGAAUUAAAAGAUUUAUUAGCUUGUCAUUACGAUCGAGCACGAUAUCAAAAAUUAGAAAAAGCAGAAAUAUUAGAAAUGUGCGUCGAUUUUGUUAAACAAAUCAAUAGUCGUUUGAAUUCAAUGAAACGGAAUUAUGAAUUGGGUUAUCAACGUUGUACAAAUGAAAUUUCAAAUUUUUUGAUGAGUGUUCCUGGCAUGACACCCGUACAACGACAACGAUUACUUUCGCAGUUACGAUCGAGUACUACACACCGUUUUAGUCCAUAUGAACAACGUCCUACAACAACAACAACAACAACAAAUCACCAUUUUCAACAACUGCCACACGAAACAGUCAUAAAUGAUUGGCUAAACAGAUGUGGUGGUAUCCAAGAAACAAAACUAGCCUCACCGUCACCAUAUUCAACAAUGUCGACAUCCACAUCAUCAUCAAAUGAUUUAUGUAAAACUGAACGAUCAAUUUCAUCGAGUCCCUCAGACUUAGAGAAUUCAUUACACGAUGAACUAUCAUGUGUCGUUCCGAAAAGUCCGAAUAGCGCAAAAUAUGUUUGGCGACCUUGGUGA